AUGAAACUUGAAGUAUUCUGUGGAAACCACCACUAUGAGGUGAAAUCUGUUGAGCUGUGCAGCGAUGCCGAGAACAGCGUCCGCUCGCCUGUCUCCGGUGAGGAGGAGUUGGGUUCGGAUGGGGACUGUGUAGCGCACAGCCCGCCACCUGUCACACCGGGCGCAGAUGGCAAAGGCAAACCGUACACGCGGAGACCAAAACCUCCAUACUCUUACAUCGCACUGAUUGCCAUGGCUAUCCGUGACUCAACGUCGGGGCGUCUGACUCUGGCGGAGAUCAAUGACUAUCUGAUGAAAAAGUUUCCCUUUUUCCGGGGCAACUACACCGGUUGGAGGAAUUCGGUGCGCCACAACUUGUCACUGAACGACUGUUUUCUGAAGAUCCUCCGGGACCCGUCUAGACCAUGGGGAAAGGACAACUACUGGAUGCUGAAUCCUCACAGCGAGUACACCUUCGCUGACGGAGUGUUCCGACGCAGGAGAAAGCGAAUAAACAAAAAGACAGGCAAAGAGCAAGACCUGUCUGACCAUGCUACCGACGAGGACGCGCAACUCACCACAAUACCCACACCACCAGCCAACAGUGCCAAGUUCUCCAGUUCCUUCGCCAUAGACAGUAUCCUCAGCAAACCGUUCAAGAGACAGGAAUGGGCAGAGGAUUCUCCCACCGUUGGUGCAUUACCGUGGCCCAGUUACACUCAGCUGAUGCCACACAUUGUGAGAGGACCACCUGUCUCCUUACCACUUCACGCCCAGUCGAUGUUCCAUGUUGACUCAUACGCUGCGCAUGUCCUGAGGGCAUAUGGUGGUGGAUUGUACUGAGAUGGUAAUCGAAAAGACAGUUUCGCAGCUCUGAAAUUUACAUAAAAGGGCUCAUACAUUUACCAGAUCAUCCCAGCAGUUGCAGCGCUGGCUACUCCAGGAUCUGACGUUUACCACCCAUUCAAAAUAGACAGCAUGCUGUCGUAAUGAACUCGAGGGGUGUGGCAAAUGGAAUGAAAACACUGGGUUGGCAUUUGUGUACUUUGACAGUUAUUGUGUACCAACAAAAUGCAUUUUAUUUCAUUGCCUUAUAUUUCGACAAAAUCACAGAGCAUGGUAUUUUUUAUAUAAUCUGGAUUUUUUUGUAUGGAAUCGACGCACCCUGUGGGGAGGAGUAGGCUUUAUUUCGUUGCUUUGAGGUUCUAUGGUAAUUUACCAUUAAACAAUAGCAUUUUUGUGCUAUACAGUGUACAUACAGUUGAUGAUGUAUAGAUUAUAGGCUAUUUAUGUUGUUGGUUUGUUGAAAAUGUUGUUAGUGAAUUUUCGAAUCACUUGACCUUCAAAUCAUGCUGUUUAGGGUAACUUGGGGUUAAACAACCCCUCCUGUAAUUCUCACAGAAACCACUUUAUGUCACAAAAAAAAGUAAACACUUUCCCUGGAUGCCAGUAGUCUUGCUCAACUAAAAAUGUAAUGUCUCAUCAACUUUUUUAGUCACUCCAACAAAACGAUUUUGAGUUUUAUUUAAUUCUGCCCGCUUAUUUCCCUUCAAAAUGUGUUUGCCUAAGGAUAGCCAAUAUGCAAAUAUCUAAAUAUUACCAAAACUUUGCUUUUUUUCUGUCAGAAAAUAGACAUUUCCAUUAAGGGGGUGUUUCCCUCCAAGUUACCCUACAAUACUUGUGAUCAAGUCGAGCAGUUUGUAUAUGUUUUAUUUUUUUUAAACACAAUACAUAUUUUUAAUAAAGAGUAACUUUUACAUUGAAAUUGUGAUGUGUUUUUAUCUUUACAUAUAUUUUGCAUUGAAUUCAUAUCGUAUAGAAUAGAUUGUGAACAAACAAGAUAUCUGCGCUACAAGUUUUAUUCAAGACAAACUGCAAAAUGCCAAUCUAUCAUCACAAACACUGACAGGUGUAUGGUGUAGGCCUGCAGGUGUCUGAUCACUCAUUACAUUCCCCAAUAUCUAACCGCCUCUUGUAGCCUACUACUUAUGCUACUGAAUUAAAAAUUGCCUUAUCAACUUGGUGUAAUAUCCAACUCAUUUCAAAACACUGCUUUACUAUUACUACCAAGGUGACAUAUAGGCAGGCCUAUUAGGCGCUUCUUAUUCUCGCGCUUUCACGUUGAAAUUGAUUGGGACAUGCACGUGCGGUGAUGCGUUAAGAUUCGUUGGCCGAGAGCUGUCAGUCAAAACGUGUAUGUCUAUCAUUGUGAGCACUCAAAUAGUGGAUGUGCUGAAUGAAGCACGUUGAUAAUGUUGUAAAUAUUCUUAAUAUUCAAUUUACAGUAUAGGCUAGUAUCGUCUCUCCUAGACUAUAUCUGUAUUAAAUAGCCUAACCAAAACCAAAGGGGAUGAGAAAGGAAGUAAUGGAGGAAGAGGCCAGACAAGGGAAGGAAAGAAAGAGGGCAGGAUAAAGGUAAGAAGAAGGGACUGACGUGACGAAAAAGGUUGCGAAAAGGGAAUGGUAUAUAUCACAUCUCACAUUGAUCAAAUGAGAAGGCCUAUAGGCCUAACACUAAAUAUAAUCCAAUAGCAUUAGUUUUAUGCAUUCAAAUGUUUCACAUUUGUCACACACGUUAUUCUAGAUUUAAGAUAACAUUGUUACCUAAAGGUCCAUUAGUAGCCUACUCUCUCAAGAUGAAUAUAUUGUAAUCAAUAUUAACUGCAACUCUACAAAUAGGCUAUCACAGUAGGCCACUUCAUAUUUAGGCCUACUACUGCGUUACAAUAAUUGUUAAUAACUAUCGUUAUUGGCAAAAUAGCUUGGAAUAAUAAUAAUAAAGCCAUAAUGUUGUAAUAGAAAUGAUGUGUAUCACAAUUAGUGUGGCAUAUAUCUAAUUAUAAAUUGGUCCCUGUAUUGGGGAAGAAAUACGGCAUUUAUUUUUCUGUGUCUGAGAAGCUCGCUGUGAGCGGAUGCAGACAUUCAGUAUUUAUAUUUUCUGUCUGGAGCUACAAAUAGCCGUCGCCUCAAGUCGAGACACAUGAGCAGGGGAGAGAUAAUCACGAAAUAGACUAUACAAGUGGAUUUCAGUCCACAUUAAAAGCUAAAAAAAAUAAAAAAAAAUAAAGACGUUAUGACAGGAUCUCUGGUUCUGUGUGUAAUAUUUUCAAAGCCUUCCAAGCAUUCUUCUGUGGCUGAGAAAAUAAAAGUCAUUUAAACCAGCUGUGCAUCCUGAAGGCAGCGGGGUUAUUAGUUUUGAUGUUGCCGGAAAUUCUGAGGAGAUUAUGUUCUUUACCUUUGUUUUUAUAAGGGAAAAUGAUUUUAUCUCGACAUCCUUGUUUGGUUAAGAGUUUGAGCUUGUCGUUUAUAAUCGUUGCAUCAAAGCCAUUGGGUUAAAAUACCUUACUGUUAUUACACAUUCAACGGGUACGUAAAAUUGGUAAAACCACGUCUCUAAAUAGCUUCAAUUUCGUCAUUAAAUCUUUGACUUGAUUGUUUUUGUGAUUUUCCUUGUAUUGCCUUAUAGCAGCAAGUAAUUAAUGAAAUGCAGAGUUGGGUGAAUUUUAAAAAAUCUAUAUAUUUGUAUUUUAUACAUGUCUCAGUUUCCCUCGAUUGUUUGUAUUUAGUUUAUCUCCUGUACUGACUUAAUUUGAAAUGAGACUUAUCCUGAUCAAGAAUUGGGAGAGGCUACACUUGCAACGAGUUUUCGUUAGACCUUUUGUUUUCCAAAACAUAAUCGCCUUACAAGCAUUAUGCAUGCAUUACGCAUGGCACAAUGUUUCUGCUUUUACAUUAUAAGAAGUAAACAAAUGUGUUUAGCUUCUGAAUAAUAAUAAACUCAAAACGGCAGAGAACAAUAACAACAAAAUAACAUCAGAAUCAUCAUCAUAAGCUACUAUAAAUAUGAUAAAAUUGACAUGUUUUUCUAAGACCUCAUUUGGAUCUGUGUAAUUAAUUCAGCUCUCGAGGGUAUGAUCCAUGGUUCGAGGCGGUAAACUGACACUCGCGCGCUGUGUGUGGUAUGCUGGCAGCGCCUGAUGGAAAAAUCAUGUUUCCACUCGUGUCAAAGUACUAUCCUGAACUGCCCCCAACAAAUGAACACGACAACUAUGGACUGUUAUUUCUCCAUUACCUCUGCUAGACAAAACCACAAGCUCUAAGAAGCGCUGACUAUUCAGCAUAAUACCGUUAUCUUUAGUUAUCUAAUCUCCAUUGAUUUUUUCCAUCCUCAAGUACAUCAUAGGCUGUAUACAUCAUGGCCUGUAUAUAUAAAUAUACAGCACCAGUCAAAGGUUUGGACACACCUACUCAUUCAAGGGGUUUUCAUUAUUUUUACUAUUUUCUACAUUGUAGAAUAAUAGUGAAGACAUCAAAACUAUGAAAUAACACAUAUAGAAUCAUGUAGUAACCAAAAAAGUGUUAAAUAAAUCAAAAUAUGUUUUAGAUUUAAAACUCUUCAAAGUAGCCACCCUUUGCCUUGAUGACAGCUUGCACAGCCUUGGCAUUCGCUCAACCAGCUUCAUGAGGAAUGCUUUUCAAACAGUCUUGAAGGAGUUUCCACAUAUGCUGAGCACUUGUUAGCUGCUUUUCCUUCACUCCCAAACCAUCUCAAUUGGGGUGAGGUCGGAUGAUUGUGGAGGCCAGGUCAUCUGAUGCAGCACUCCAUCAUACUCCUUGGUCAAAUAGCCCUUACACAGCCUGGAGGUGUGUUUUGGGUCAUUGUCCUGUUGAAAAUUAAAUGAUAGUCCCACUAAGCGCAAACCAAAUGGGAUGGCAUAUCACUGCAGAAUGCUGUGGUAGCCAUGCUGGUUAAGCGUCAGUUGUCAGAGCACCUUACCGAUCACUGCACCUGUACACAGCCCAUCUGAAAUUAGCCCGCCCAACUACCUCAUCCCUGUAUUGUUAUUUAUUUUGCUCAUUUGUACCCCAGUAUCUCUAUUUGCACAUCAUCUCUUGCACAUCUAUCAUUCCAGUGUUAAUACUAAUUGUAAUUAUUUUGCACUAUAGCCUAUUUUAUUGCCUUACCUCCAUAACUUGCUAAAUUUGCACACACUGUAUAUUAUAUGUAUUUCUGUUGUAUUUUUGACUUUGUUUUGUUUUACCCCAUAUGUAACUCUCUGUUGUUGUUUUUAUCGCACUGCUUUGCUUUAUCUUGGCCAGGUCGCAGUUGUAAAUGAGAACUUGUUCUCAACUGGUUUACCUGGUUAAAUAAAGGUGAAAUAAAAAAUAAAAAAAUAAAAAAGUGUGCCUUGAAUUCUAAAUCACAGAAAGUGUCACCAGCAAAGAACCCCCACACCAUCACACCUCCUCCUCCAUGCUUCACGGUGGGAACCACACAUGUGGAGAUCAUCCAUUCACCUACUCUGCAUCUCCCAAAGACAUGGCGGUUGGAACCAAAAAUCUCAAAUGAAGACUCAUCAGACCAAAGGACAGAUUUCCACCGGUCUAAUGUCCAAUGUCCAAAGUCUCUUCUUCUUAUUGGUGUCCUUUUAUUAGUGGUUUCUUUGCAGCAAUUCGACCAUGAAGGCCUGAUUCACGCAGUCUCUUCUGAAAAGUUGAUGUUGAGAUGUGUCUGUUCCUUGAACUCUGUGAAGUAUUUAUUUGGGCUGCAAUCUGAGGUGCAGUUAACUCUAAUGAACUCAUCCUCUACAGCAGAGGUAAAUCUGGGUCUUCCAUUGCUGUGGCGGUCCUCAUGAGAGCCAGUUUCAUCAGAGCACUUGAUGGUUUUUGCGACUCCACUUGAAUAAACUUUUAAAGUUCUUGAAAUGUUCCAUAUUGACUGACCUUCAUGUCUUAAGGUAAUGAUGGACUGUCGUUUCUCUUUGCUUAUUUGAGCUGUUCUUGCCAUAAUAUGGACUUGGUCUUUUAGCAAAUAGGGCUAUCUUCUGUAUACCACCCCUACCUUGUCACAACACAACUGAUUGGCUCAAACGUAUUAAGAAGGGGAGAAAUUCCACAAAUUAACUUUUAACAAGGCACACCUGUUAAUUGAAAUGCAUUCCAGGUGACUACCUCGUGAAGCUGGUUGAGAGAAUGCCAAGAGUGUGCAAAGCUGUCAUCAAGGCAAAUGGUGGCUACUUUGAAGAAUCUCAAAUAUAAAAUAGAUUUUGAUUUGUUUAACACUUUUAUGGUUACUACAUGAUUCCAUAUGUGUUAUUUCAUAGUUUUGAUGUCUUCACUAUUAUUCUACAAAGUAGAAAACAGUAAAAAAAAAGAAAAACCCUUAAAUGAGUAGGUGUGUCCAAACUUUUGACUGGUACUGUAUAAAUAUACCUAAAACUAGAAUUCUACUAAAUAGAACAGGCCUACGUUGUGUUUAUGUCUCACUCAUAUAUAAGCAAGUGUCAUGGUUAAUUUGGAACCAUUGCCUUCAUCGUUUGGCGUGUUGCACUGUUGACUUGAGUGUCUAAAUGAGUUUGAUAAAUGGUGUAAUUGCGUGUAUUAGAGUUGUGAGGAGUGGGUGGGAGGAGGUCUCUGUUAGUCUUCUACGCUGUGCUGUGAUGUGUAUGUGUGCCUCUUGCUAGAAUUAUGUUUGGACCGGGGCCAGAUCUGGGAGGGGGUGGGUCUCGAGUUCCUGGCGAUUUCUUGGAGGGAUUUAGCCGGGAUCUAGGGGGCAGAGAGAGAUUUAAGAAUUGAUAGGUGGUCGAGUUUUGUUUGGCCGAGUGGAUAUGCGCAAGAAAGUCGAGGAGCUUUAUGUUUCCCCUCUUAAAGGAUCAUUGCCAGCGAUGGCCACAGUGAGACGGAGGAGGAGCAGCUGUCACACCGAUACUCAGCUGGGGUUCCUGAUUAGAACAGCAAUAAACGCGCAGUGAAUCGCCACUGGACACUAACCUCUCCAAUUAUCACAUUUGGAAACAUCUUUUUAGAACGUCUGAAGGAGUUAUGCUGACUAAUUGACUGAGGUAUUGGGUGUAGGAUACUGCUCUCAUUAGACAUUUCAGGUCAGUACAAAAAGAGUCGAGUAAAGCAUUGGUCAUACUCUUGGUUAUAGGCUACAGAUACUCCUCUGUGUCCCAUCUCUAAUUUGGGCGCAAACAUGACAACUGAGAACUCACAGCAACAUCUGGAGUCGUCUCAUCCUCUGAGAUCCAGCCCAGCAGCCGGAGUAAUGCACGCCACUCUGAUGAGCGCACAGCCAGUGGCGGAGAGCUCACCAAACGGGUCAACCAAAGGGAAAAAGGGCAACUCUGGCUUGAGGCGUCCUGAGAAGCCGCCCUAUUCAUACAUCGCCCUUAUUGUAAUGGCUAUCCAAAGCUCCCCGACAAAGAGGCUUACUCUGGCUGAAAUCUAUCAGUUCCUUCAGGCCCGUUUCCCGUUCUUUAGGGGUUCUUACCAGGGAUGGAAAAACUCUGUGAGGCACAACCUGUCUCUAAACGAAUGCUUCAUAAAACUGCCCAAGGGACUCGGCAGACCAGGCAAGGGACACUACUGGACCAUAGACCCGGGCAGCGAGUUUAUGUUCGAAGAGGGGUCCUUCCGUCGCAGACCUCGCGGAUUCCGUAGGAAAUGCCAAGCACUGAAACCCAUGUAUCGAAUGAUGAAUGGCAUCGGCUUUGGCACGUCGAUACUGCCCCAAAACUUCGAUUUCCAGAACCCCUCCGCGUCCUUGGCAUGUCAUAAUGGUUACAACUUGGACGUGAUGGGGAACACGGUGCCAGGGAGCUACGACGGGCUGGGUGGAGGGCAUCAUGUUCCUCACAUGUCGCCAAGCCCCGGGUCCACCUACAUGGCGGCCUGUCAAGUGUCCUCUAAUGGAGAAUACUGCCCAGACAACAGUAGUAGCCCUCUGCACUCCUCGCCGGCGGCGAUGGCAGCAGGCACCUUGGACUGUCACUCUCCCUAUGCCAGUGCCCCCUCACACUGGGCAUCACCAGGUGUCUCCCCAUACAUCAAGCAGCAAUCCCUGGCCUCAAACAGUCCCACAUCCUCCGCCUUGCACUCGAGCAUAUCCCCUUACUCUCUGGAGCAAAGCUAUCUCCAUCACAACGGAAGAGACUCAUCUGAUAUUUCAAGUAGGCCUGUUUACUUUCCUAAUAGGCAAACACAAUCUUUAAUUGCAUGGGCACACUAUAUGGCCAAUUAUAACAUAUGCAACCCAUUAAUAAAUAUUCUGCUCUGAUGUAAAGUUUGCAUUAAAUAGUGCGUAUUUAUAUCUACUAUUUUAUUUGGAAGUAGGCCUAGUCGAGAUGGGCAGUUGCUGAUUGCGAAUCAUAGGGAAGAGGACAUUGGGACUAGUUAGGCAACACUGACAUUGUUCUGCUUGUCCAUUUAUGAAUAAAAUACAAUUGUAGAACUAUGACAAUAUAACUAAAAACAUAAAUAAUUAAGUAAUUUUAAUAUUAAAGCAAAUUCUACUGCCAAGAUUAACAUAAUAAUUCUCAAGGAAGUUAAAAAAAACUGUAGCCUAGAUUUUAUUUUCAAGGCUAUAGGCCAGCUCAGCCAUAGACCGAGUUACAAACACCGAUAUGUGGCAUGACAAUAAUUUGUCAACACCUAAUUAUGUGUAUAAUAAUACACAGAAAUAUACAAACUUCCUUUUGAUUGUUUUGGGGGGACUAUCUGUUGUUCCAUGUACUGAAGCUGUUAUUCGAUGUGUUUGUAUGGGCUAAUAGCAGUAAGGCCAAAAACUGUAGCCUAGAUUUUAUUUUCAAGGCUAUAGGCCUAAUUGAAAAUGCGCCAAACACCAAUAUGUGGCAUGACAAUAAUAUGUCAACACCCAAUUAUGUUUCCCUAUCCAUAAAUAUGGUUUAUUCUGGGCAUUGUGAAGAUAGAACUGCCUGUGACCUUUGUGCGCAAUGGUCUCCAUAAGAAAACACAUAAAUGCUAACAAUAAUAUUACUGAAUGAAAUAGUUUAAUUAGAAAUACAACUGCUGUUUCGAAAAUAAUUCAACACUAAAUAGAAAGCAAAGUAUUAAUGACAAAUAUCAAGGACACAUUUCCAGGAGAACAUUCAAAACAUUUGGAAAUUAUAGCCUUAUAUUUACAAAAUGGUCUAUUAUUUUCACAUUGUAAAAGUGAUGUAGCCUAUAUAUAUAUAUCUACAGUACCAGUCAAAUUUUGGACACACCUACUCAUUCAAGGGUUUUUCUUUAUUUUUACUAUUUUCUACAUUGUAGAAUAAUAGUGAAGACAUCAAAACUAUGAAAUAACACAUACGGAAUCAUGUAGUAACCAAAAAAAGUGUUAAACAAAUCAAAAUAUAUUUUCUAUUUGAGAUUCUUCAAAGUAGCCACGCUUUGCCUUGAUGACAGCUUUGCACACUCUUGGCAUUCUCACAACCAGCUUCAUGAGGAAUGCUUUUCCAACAGUCUUGAAGGAGUUCCCACAUAUGCUGAGCACUUGUUGGCUGCUUUUCCUUCACUCUGCGGUCCAACUCAUCCUAAACCAUCUCAAUUGGGUUGAGGUCGGGUAAUUGUGGAGGCCAAGUAAUCUGAUGCAGCACUCCAUCUCUCUCCUUCUUGGUCAAAUAGCCCUUACACAGCCUGGAGGUGUGUUUUAGGUCAUUGUCCUGUUGAAAAACAAAUGAUAGUCCCACUAAGUGCAAACCAGAUGGGAUGGCGUAUCGCUGCAGAAUGCUGUGGUAGCCAUGCUAGUAAAGUGUGCCUUGAAUUCUAAAUAAAUCACAGACAGUGUCACCAGCAAUGCUCCCCCACACCAUCACACAUCCUCCUCCAUGCUUCACGGUGAGAACCAUACAUGCAGAGAUCAUCCGUUCACCUACUCUGCGUCUCACAAAGACACAGUGGUUGGAACCAAAAAUCUCAAAUGUGGACUCAUAAUGUCCUUUGCUCAAGCAAGUCUCUUCUUAUUGGUGUCCUUUAGUAGUGGUUUCUUUGCAGCAAUUCGACCAUGAAGGCCUGAUUCACACAGUCUUCUCUGAACAGUUGAUGUUUACAUGUGUCUGUUACUUGAACUCUGUGAAGCAUUUAUUUGGGCUGCAAUCUGAGGUGCAGUUAACUCUAAUGAUCUUAUCUUCUGCAGCAGAGGUAACUCUGGGUCUUCCCUUCCUGUGGCGGUCCUCAUGAGAACCAGUUUCAUCAUAGCGCUUGAUGGUUUUUCCGACUGCACUUGAAGAAACGUUCAAAGUUCUUGAAAGUUUCCGGAUUGACUGACCUUCAUGUCCUAAAGUAAUGAUGGAAUGUCGUUUCUCUUUGCUUAUUUGAGCUGUUCUUGCCAUAAUAUGGACUUGGUCUUUUACCAAAUAGGGCUAUCUUCUGUAUACCCCCCUACCUUGUCACAACACAACUGAUUGGCUCAAAUGCAUUAAGAAGGAAAUAAAUUCCACAAAUUAACUUUUAAGAAGGCACACCUGUUAAUUGAAAUGCAUUCCAGGUGACUACCUCCUGAAGCUGGUUGAGAGAAUGUGAAGAGUGUGCAAAGCUGUCAUCAAGGCAUAGGGUGGCUACUUUGAAGAAUCUCAAAUAUAGAAUAUAUUUUGAUUUGUUUAACACUUUUUUGGUUAUUACAUGAUUCCAUAUGUGCUAUGUCAUAGUUUUGAUGUCUUCACUAUUAUUCUACAAUGUAGAAAAUAGUAAAAAUAAAGAAAAACCCUUGAAUGAGUAUGUGUGUCCAAACCUUUGACUGGUACUGUAUAUGUUUCAUGAAUUCAUUUGUAUUUUGCAUGUAUGCUCUAAAUGAUCUGCAUGCAUUUGUUUUACGAUAAAUGUAGCCUACCAUUUAAGAAAAAUAAUUGGAGUAUAUUCCAUUUGGAUAAAUACAACGUCCAUAUAUUGGCGCGUAUAGGCCUACACACAUGCGCCAUGGAGUUCAUACAUUUUUUGUAUUAGAACAAGUUGGUUUUGUAUUUUAAAAGCUUUGUGUUUGACUGUCACGUCUCUUCCAUCUGUUUGCAGUGGGAUUAUCCCGAUACUCAAGCCAUUCAUCGCCAGUGUGUGACAGGAAAGAUUUUGUUUUGAACUUUAACGGAAUCUCUUCAUUCCACCCGCCAACUGCCAGUGGAUCGUACUACCACCAGCUACAUCACCAUCACCAGAGCGUCUGUCAGGAUGUCAAGCCAUGCAUCUUGUAA